AUGUCUUCUUGUUCAAUUUUCGGGUCCAACGUAGUCGCCUUAGCCACCGCCAUGGUUGCACUUUCCGGCACCGUCAUCUUCCUUGCCUUUUGCCGUGAAAAUAACCAAAUUCUAGGCACUGUCGAUUCCCCACCUCAGAAGAACCAAACUCUUCGCUCUUGCUUAUCUUCUUCUUCUUCAGCUGCAAAACAGAAGAAGAAAAAGAGGGUUCGAUUCGCGGAUGAAGACGAUGAUGAUGGUGAGUACAGGAAAGGGAAACGAGAAUCGGUUGAAAGAAGAAUAAGAAGAAGAAGUUGCAGAGCCGAAUUAAUUAGUCGGGGGAUGCAGGCAAAUCGUGGGGCUCUAUACAGCAGUAUGAUGAAAGAUCGGGUGAAUAGAAUGCUGCUGAUCCAAAAUUAA